CAACGCGACUAUGUAACAUAUCUCGGAUCUCUCACCACUCCUCCUUAUUCUGAAACUGUGAUUUGGACUGUGCUCACCACCCCUGUCGAAGUCUCCAAGGAGCAGCUGAACAUCGUGCGCAAAAUCGUCGAUGCCAACUAUCGUGAAUGCCAGCAACUGUGCGAACGUACCAUCAGGGCUUCUGUCAAGGUCUAA